AUGUCCACCACCCAGGUCAAUGCAGUGCCGGACACGCAGCUUGGGCUGAGCUACGAGGAGAUACAGCUGCUGCGCCAGGGACAGGCGGCCCUGGCCCAGGGAGCCGGCGGCGGCGGCGGCGGGAUCCAGCUCGGCCUCCUCCUCCUCGACAGCACCUCUCUGGCGGCCCUCGGCCGGUACUUUGACCGCGUCAUGGGCCAGAUCGAGCAGCAGAUCGUCUACCUCAGCGAGCAGAGCCAGAUGUUCACAAUGGCCCAGUUCGACCGCGCCGGCAACCUCGUCGAGGGCGCCGACGCCGAGAUCGCCCGCUACCACGACCUCCUCCGCCAGCUCGACGAGCUCGAGCUCGACUUUGACCGCAUCCGCCACAUCAAGGACAUCGUCCGCGGCUACCGCUCGCGCGUCGAGGACAUGGAGCGCGAGCUCGCCGCCUCUGCCUCCUCCUCCUCCUCCUCGUCGCGACACAGGGAGGGUCAUCGCUCGUCGCACAGGCACAGCCAUUCCCACCGCCACGGCCACGAGAGCUCCCGCCGGCACCGACACUGA